CAUGGGCGCGCGGGCGCUGUGGGCGCUGCUGGCGGCGCUGAGGGCGGGCUGGUGCCUCCUGCCGCAGAGCGGGUACCUGCACCCCGACGAGUUCUUCCAGGCGCCCGAGGUCAUGGCAGGAGAUAUUUUAAAUCUACAGGUCUUUUAUCCUUGGGAGUUCCUUUCGAGCUUUCCUUGCAGAACAGUUGUUUUCCCAUUAAUGACAUCAGGAGUUACCUACUGGGCAAUCAAGUCUUUGCAGCAGCUGGACAUAUGUUCAAGUUGCAUCAACAGCUACACUCUCCUUGUAUCACCUCGCCUUCUCUUUACAAUCUUUUCUUUCAUACUCGACUAUAGCGUUUAUCGAUUAGCCCCUUUCUGGGAAGCAGAUCUUUGGAAAGCGCUGGUACUUCUUGCUGGAUCAUAUGUCACUCUGGUGUUUUAUACGAGAACAUUUACCAACACGCUUGAAGGACUUCUCUUUGCUCUUCUCAUGAUACUGGUUUCCUCAAGAAAGUCCAAUGGCAGCUCAGUGGAGCCUACAAGCACUCCUCUCAUAGGUGUUAUAACAACUGCUGGGUUUUUCAACAGGCCAACCUUUCUGGCAUUUGCUCUAAUGCCCCUGCUUUACUGGGCAGGUUUAAUUGUUGAUUCUCAGAGGAGCAUUAAAAGUGUCAUAAACCACUUUUUGAAGCUCAUACUAUGUGCAUGUUUUACUGCCAUUGUUUUCAUAACAGCUGACACCUUUUAUUUUACCUCUGUGAGCUUAGAUAACCUUUUAAGCAUUAAUGAGGGCAGCCUAUUUGAUGUAAUAGUUCAAUUACGUAAGAAAAUGGUAGUAACCCCCUUCAAUUUUCUCAGUUAUAAUCUUAAUCCUCAUAAUCUUGCACUGCAUGGAAGUCACCCACGAGUUACACAUUUUACAGUCAAUGGAAUAAUGCUCUUUGGGAUCUUACAUGUUCUGGCCACUGUUGCUGGUUUUAAAAUGUUAAAGAAGUAUGUCCAGCAAUUCAUACGGGUCAAAUCGUGUUACCAUGGGCUGCCUGGGCUAUUGGUGCAUUCUGAGGGCAAUCCAACAUUACUGCUGUUUUAUUUUGUUCCUUUGGCAUUUCUCUCCCUAUUCAGUCACCAGGAGCCUCGGUUCCUCAUUCCUCUCAUCUUGCCAUUGGUCCUGUUCAGCGCGUCACAGGACAGAGCUGUGAAGUGGAAACACCUCAUCGUUAUUUUCAAUCUUCUCGGGGCAUUCCUGUUCGGGUGCCUACACCAGGGAGGGCUGAUACCCUGCUUGUUUCACUUGGAGCAGCUCAUACAUUCUCCAGCACCCUCAAACCAUCCAAGGCACUAUACUCUACUCUUUGCUCACACCUACAUGCCUCCCAGGUUUCUGCUUAAUAUCAAGAAGACAGACGUGCACGUACAAGUCAUCGAUAUGGCUGGGUCUGGAGAAGAAACCCUCUGCCAGACAAUAGAGCAGCAAGCAAGCAAUUUUACCUGCAGCGACUGUCACAUUUUUGUCAUAAUCCCUGGUACAGUCAGAGCCACAACUGCAAAAUGUGGUGUCUCAUUCAAGAACGAAACUGUGAUAUUUCCACACUUAUCAAUGGAAGACCCGCCACAAAUGUCCAUCCUAUCCAGUGGAAAUUGGAGAAGUCAGUUAGGACUAUACAUCCUUCAACUAGACAGAGAUCAGCACAGCCUUUAGAUUUUAGGAGAACGAUGUUUUAGGUUUUCACAUCCUUUGGGCACAGUCUGAAGGUGCUGUGAGACCUUCCUCUUCACAGGCCCACCUUCAUCACAAGUAGUGGCACUGGGAGCUCUCCUGAGUCUCUUUAUUUGUUAUGUUCUUAUGCUCACCGGUAUAGCCAGUUCUGGAUAGAAUCUGCUUAGAAUUUGAGUUAUUCAGCCCUGUAGUGUUUCAUAUGAACUUCUGUAAUUUUUCCUGAUGAGAGAGGAUGAAAUCAGAGCCCACCAAAACUGUGAUUCAAGCUUAGCAGUUUCCAUGUGAGAUUUAUUUUUGGAAGUUUCUAUAAUCUCUGACAGGGUUUGUGGACUGUGGGGUGUUUACUGAUUAUAGGCAUUAAAUCAGCUGUUGGAGAGAGGUUACAGGGCUAGACAGAAGCUGGUCUGAUUAAAUAAGAUUUUAUUUUAUGUACUUAAAAAUUCAUUAGACCAGACUGCAGUCACAGUACAGGCACCAGCACUGUAACCCUGUCUUUGGUGGUUCCGCCUUGAAAAAUCCCCAGCACUGAUCUGAGAGAAUCUGAUUUAGAACGUGGAAGAUGCUUCAGCCUAAGUACUUGUGCUAAAUCCUAAAAUCCAAGCUUUGCCUGUUUAACCUUCCUUGCCACAGUUCCAUCCUCGUGGACGUGUUCCACACGCACUGCCCCCAGAGCUCGAGGAGCCUCUUCUGUGAUGGCAUCGAAGCCUCUCGGUGUUCCGCCGCUGCAGCCGGGGCGCUCCUGCCCUUGCACA